ACAACAGCACAGCCUUGCAAGUGCUCGUGCCUCUGRGUAGUUCUAUGUGCUAGUCAAGUGUGAGCCUAAUGGUCUGCGCCUAGGGCUGUUCUACAUUCUUGAAAUCAAGUAGUUGCUUAUGUUAUCUCUUAAGUGAAUGYAUGAACCUUAAUGAACCUGUAAGAAAGAUUUUGUCUUGUUAAAUUUCUGUGCCUAUCACUUAAUGUGCAGAGAUGCCAGAUGAGAGUUUAAAAAAUGAAUUUCUGUGGAUCCUGUUUCAGAUAAAUAACUGGUUCACAUUUCCAUUUUUCAUAGGAAGAAACAAGAAUGUCACAAAAACAGCUGAAAGAAGCCUUUGUCAGUAACUUAAAUGGAACUACUUUGCUGGAAAUGUCACUAGGCUUUUGUGUAGCUCCACUAUGUCUGCUUGGCAGAGGACUUCUGUUGAUCUUAUAUUAUCUGCACUAUGGGAAACCUUUAAGUUCAAGGAAAUACUAUUUUCUGCUAGAUUUCCUUGUGCUAAUAUCUCCUCUCCUGUUCUGCUGCACAGUCUUGUCUCCAGUCAUCUUUUAUAUUCCCCCUGUCAUUGCAGCCAUCUGUGCAGGAAUAUUUUAUAAAAUAUACAGCCAAAGAAAACAUGAUAGCAGAGUGUCUUUUAGGCAAACUGUAAAUGACUUCCAGAAGACAUGYUUAGAUGCAGAAUACAUUCCAUCAAUAACUCUGUUCCGUGUUUAUGUCAAUGUGUUGACAUCAAUCAGUAUAUUAGCGGUGGAUUUCCCACAAUAUCCAAGACGAUAUGCCAAAACUGAGACCUAUGGAACAGGACUUAUGGAUUUGGGGGUAGGAGCCUUUGUUUUUGGUAAUGCUCUUGUUUGUCCUGAAGUUAGACAAAAAUCAUGUUCAACCCAACCAAAAUUCUCCUUUCUGACCAGGCGUUUUUUUUCCAUUUGGCCAUUGAUUUUUCUCGGUGUGGGACGACUGGUUAGUGUUAAAUCUAUAGAGUAUCAUGAACACAUAUCAGAGUAUGGAGUGCACUGGAAUUUCUUUUUUACCUUAGCAUUUGUGAGACUUGCAGCAUCUCUAAUUUUGACCAAAUUUCCAAAAAGUAAAUCUUGGAUUGUUGCUCUGAAUCUUGCUGUAUUUUAUCAACUUAUUCUUAAUACUACCUCUCUGAAGAUGUUUGUCUUGCAUGGGAGCAAUGGCAAAGACACUAGGGUUGGAUUUUUAAAUGCCAACCGGGAAGGACUGUUGUCUCUCUUUGGAUACCUUGCCAUAUACAUGGCUAGUGUGCAGAYUGGACUCUAUCUGCUGAAGCACAGAAACUCUGUCAAAGAGUGGAUUGAAGCACUGUGUUCUCUAAUCCUGAUGGUUCUUGUGCUCUUUUUGUUUCUUCAUUUGUCACAAGCACACAUGGACCCCGUGUCUCGCCGGAUGGCCAAUCUGCCUUACUGCCUGUGGGUACUUGCUCACUGUCUGACUUUCUUCAUCUGUUUUGUAGUGAUCGAUCUCAUGCUGGUCUUUACAAAGCUCCUAGUGAGCGGGGCCAGCGUGCCCUGUUGCUGGAAUGUUUUACAGCCUGCGCAUUCUGGUAAAAAGCAUGACACGGAGACCGUGCCUGUGAAGGGGGAAAGCAAGUCACUGCACAUUUGCCUGAUCACUGCUAUUGAUAAAAAUCAGCUACUGUUUUUCUUGCUAGCAAAUGUUAUAACUGGCAUUGUAAACAUAAUGAUAGACACAAUUCACAGCAAGACUUUAUUUACAUUAGGUGUGCUGCACUUGUAUAUGUUUUUUAACUGUGUAAUUAUGUAUAUAUUGCAUGCAAAAAAUAUAGUAUUAAAAUUUUGGUGAUUUCACUUGUCUUAAGUGGAUCAGUUAAGCUUUCUUUGCUGCCCUUGAAUGAUGGUGUUUUAAUGGAAAAAUGGGUGUAUUUUCCUGUAUAUAUGACUGUGUAGAUGAAGUAACGUAUAACAGUUUAAUUAUGGUUUAGCAUUACAGUGAUUUAUGUUUUAGAAAAUUAUAUGUUCAAUCCUGUUACCUGUUGGAGGCGAAGCAAUCUUUUUAAAAAUAUAGUUUUUGAGAUUGUUUGCUGAAUACUCAUGCUGCUCCUAUAAACAGUUAUGCAGACGAGUAACAAUUAUGACUAGUGAAUUCUUUGUGGGUUCAAGAGAUAUUCAUAUGCAAGUGCUGGUGUGAUUAGGUAAUGGUGUAUAGAGUAGCAGCAAGAUGAAAAGUAAGAAAAUGAGUAAUUAGAGAGGCUUA